UUGUAUAAAUUUGCCUUGAGCCACAUAUUCUUUUAUAUAAAAGUAUUGCCGCUUUAUUAAAUGCACAUUCAACAUUUUUGUGUCUUAAAUUUUCCAUAGUGAAAAUACUCGAUAGUUUUGAAAAACUAACGAUAGUGAAAAAAACCAUAACCAUCGAUAGUAUCGAUAGUGCCAUCGACAGUUUGCCAUUACUAAUUGUCCUUACGUAUAUACAGUUCAUUUCUAAGUAAAAUAUCUUAAAAUAAAAAUGUCAACAGAAAAUCUUACGGAAACAGCAGGGGAAAAAAAGCCUUUAUUUAGAAAUAUUGAUGCCGACGAUCCUGAUCCAGAAACCACGGAACUAGAGUCAGCAUGUAUGAAUUGUUUUCGCUCUGGCCGGACACGUUUGCUGCUUACUAAAAUACCCUUCUUCAAGGAGGUGGUAAUAAUGUCUUUUAAAUGCGACGAUUGUGGCUAUGAAAAUAGUGAGAUCCAGUCUGCAUCUGAAAUACAGAAGAAAGGUGUGCAUAUAGAGUUGAGUGUAAAAUGCGCUGAAGACUUAAACAGAAAAGUGGUGCGCUCUGAUUACACAUCUGUUAGAAUACCAGAGGUCGAACUAGAAAUACCGUCUCAAAGUCAGAAGGGUGAAAUAACCACCGUGGAAGGAAUAAUCGAUAGAACAAUAAGAGGUCUAACUCAAGAUCAGGAAUCUAGAAAAAGAGAACAUCCUGACGAUGCGACAGCCAUAGACGCAUAUAUUGAAAAAUUGACUGCUUUAAAGGAAUUACAAAAUAAUUUCACUUUAAUUUUGGAAGAUAUAAGCGGAAACAGUUUUGUUGAGAAUCCUCGGGCGCCAUCUUCAGACCCGAACUGUAAAAUUCAUUAUUUUCAACGCUUAAAAGAGCAAGAUAAUAUUCUCGGCCUUUAUUCUCCAAAAAAUGUAGCCAGUAUCGAUGAGGAUGAUAAAAAGGAGCCCAGAAAGGACCAA